CGAUAUCCUUCCUAUCUCUCCCGAUCCUUGAUCCUUCCCCCUCGAGUCUAGAUUUUCUAUUUUCUAUUUUCUACAUAAUAAGUCUCACAAGCUUGUCGAUGAUCUCUUGCCCAUCGUAUAUAUACUCCAUAUACAUGGCCCGUCAAACACAGUCCUGAUAUGAAAACCCCCCCCACGAGCCGACAAUGGCCACAGCUGUGAAUACCAGGACGACGACCGUCAACUCGACCCUCACCCAGCGAUCAGCUCGUUCCAAUGGCCGCGCUCAGAGUGCGCAGACCCCACUCAACUCGGCCAGUGUCCCAGCCAUCGACGUGCCAGAGGUCAGUCGGCGUCUGCGCAUAAAGAAGAAAUACAGACAUGUGGCAGCUGUCCACUCGCGCCCCCAGAACACCGUCCUCAGCCAUGACGCAGCCGAGGUCCCCAGUUUCCUCGGAUUCAGAAAUCUGAUGGUCAUCGUGCUUGUCGUCGGAAACCUGCGCUUGAUGAUUGAAAACUUCAACAAGUACGGAGUUCUCAUCUGCCUCCGAUGCCACAACUACAAACGCCACGACGUCUUUAUCGGCGCCACCCUCCUCCUCAUAAUCCCCUGCCACCUCUUCGCCGCCUACAUCAUCGAGCUCGCCGCCGCCAAGCACGCCAAACGCCAGCUCGCAGCCAGUAACCCCCGCUCCGGCGCCGAAACACCCACCCCCACCGAAGCCGAGCGCAAGAAGUUCAACACAGCCUGGGAGCUGAUCGCCUGGCUGCACGGUCUCAACGCGACCCUCUGCCUCCUCAUCACCUCCGUCGUCGUAUACAACUACAUCCACCACCCCCUCAUCGGCACUCUCUCCGAAGUCCACGCCAUCAUCGUCUGGCUCAAGACCGCCUCCUACGCCUUCACCAACCGCGACCUGCGCCAUGCGUACCUCCACCCCUCUAAGCGCAUCGAAGAUGCCCUGCCAGACAUCUACCUGCAGUGCCCCUACCCGCAGAACAUCUCCCUCUCCAAUCUAACCUACUUCUGGUGGGCACCCACCCUCGUCUACCAACCCGUCUACCCCCGCUCCCCCCGCAUCCGAUGGUCCUUCGUCGCCAAGCGUCUCGCCGAAGUCUUCGGUCUCUCUGUCUUCAUCUGGGUAGCAAGCGCGCAAUACGCCGCGCCCCUCCUGCGGAACUCGCUCGACAAAAUGGCUUCCCUGGAACUAAUCUCCAUCCUCGAGCGGCUCAUGAAACUCUCCACCAUCUCCCUCGUCGUCUGGCUCGCCGGCUUCUUCGCGCUCUUCCAAUCCUUCCUCAAUGCCCUCGCCGAAGUCACCCGCUUCGGUGACCGCGACUUCUACAGCGAUUGGUGGAACUCCGAUAGCGUCGGCGCGUACUGGCGCACGUGGAAUAAACCCGUCUACCAAUUCAUGAAGCGCCACGUCUUCUCUCCCCUCAUCGGACGCGGAUGGUCCCCCUGGGCUGCCUCAGUCGCCGUCUUCGCGCUGUCAGCAGUGCUGCAUGAACUCCUCGUGGGCGUGCCGACGCAUAACAUCAUUGGUGUUGCGGCGCUGGGGAUGCUGGCUCAACUGCCGCUUAUUAAGCUCACGGCGCCGUUUGAGAGGGCUGGGGGGCAUUAUGGGAAGUUGGUGGGGAAUACGGUGUUUUGGGUUAGUUUUGUGUUGAUUGGGCAGCCGCUGGCGGCGUUGUUGUAUUUUUUUGCGUGGGAGGCGAAGUAUGGGAGUCAUUUGAAGGGGAGGGUGUGAAGGGCUGGGGACUCGGAUGUUGAUGGGUGGAGGUAUAUAGAUGUAGUGAUAGGAGUUGAAAACUGGGUCUGGGUUCUUCUUUUAGGAUAUAGCGUUAUUGGGCUGUUAAUAUGGGAGGCUGGUUUUGAUUUGAUAGCAAUGCAUGGAAUUGCCCAUCGUGAAGAUGAUUGCAGAUAUAUCAAAUGGCAAACAUGUGGG